GUGUGUGUGUUGGUUUUUGUGGUUUACGAGGACUUUUGACCUGAAUACGCACCGGCAUUACGGGGACAUUUGGGUUUAUGAGGACACAGGCCAUGUCCUUGUAAUUCCGGCAAUGUAGAUGCCUUUCUCUAUGUCCCAGAAGCACCCUCUCCAAUUUUCGCGGCAUGUCCUUAUAUACCACAAAAACCUGAUUUUAUACCAUACACUGUGUAUCCUCUGUGUACGAGAGUGCGCCCCUGCAGCCGGGUCCUGGUACUGUACCGGCGUCAUCGAAAAUUUGCAUUUUUCACACAAGUGUAAGUAUUGAGGCCUGUGAUUGGUCAGAUCGCUACUGGUAGGCGGGAAAUCACGAAAACAAGAUGGCGCCGACGGGCGGAGCCUAAUUCCGCAGCCCCUAUUGGCUGCAUACGCAAUGAACAACAAGCGAGACAAGAUGGCGCCGGUGGGCGGAGCCUCAUUCAGCUUCAGCGUAGAGUCAUGCCUCAAGUUCAUUUCCUGUUUGGACCGGAUAGAAACUCUGCACCUGAGAAGACAUCUGAGCACCUGAUGGCGAGGCUGCUGUUAUUUUAAAGAAGAUGACAGAAGACACAUCAGAUCAUGCUGAAGUGAAACAGUGAUGGAGAAAGCCCAAGCUCUGGAGGAAGACAUACAGUAUUCACAAAGAUUCAUCAGUGAUUUCACCUGUGUCAGAUGGUAACUGAGAAGAAUCAGAUUCAGAAGAAUAAGAUACAGCAACAAUAAAGAUAAGCCGUGAGACCCCGCUGUCAUCAGUGACGAUUGUGCUGCUCUUACUGUGGGCCUACACCAGACUCUCAGUGAGGUUGGACCCUCUGCUCUCAAAAUGAACACUCUGUCCCAGUCAGAAGUCAGAGAUGUACAGAAGGUGAGCCCUGAGAAGGACCAGUUAUCAAUGGACCAUCAAGACGGUGUUAGACGGAGAAGAUGAGAUCAGUAUGAUGGAUCCUGAUGAAAGCGUUUCUCAGGAUGUUGUUCCUGCUGGAGCUGCGCAGGCGUCUCCAGUAAUGCUGAUGUUCAGAAGAUGCCCAUUUGGAAAACUGCUGAGUUUGUCAAGAUUGAAUUUUGCUGGCUUAAAGCCCUCUUGCACACAUCCAGGAUUGAUAGCCGGCUGACCUCUUUGUUGUUCUGCUGAGUAAGUUCCUCCUUCAGAUAAGACUGCCCAAAGACUCCUGCUCUCCAACCUGUCAACAUCCAAAAAGCCCUCAGCCACUCGCUGGGGCAAAACAGCAUCACCAUGGAUACAGAGUCCACCUACUCUGGCUACUCGUACUACUCAGGCCGGUCAAGGGGAUCUCAAAGGCACGGAGAGCAUAGCCGGGACUGCCACAAAUCCCUAAGUAAGGGGAGCAGUCGCUCUGAGAAGUCUGUCACUAUCAACGCUCCGCCAGCAGAGCCACUGUUAGGAGACCAGUCAGUGAGAGGAGAAGAGGUUCAGGAUGAUAACUGGGGUGAGACUACAACAGCUGUCACUGGGACCUCAGAACACUCUCUAUCCCAGGAAGACAUUGUUCGCAUCAGCAAAGACCUCGACGACAGCGUGGGCUUAGACUGCAAACGUUAUCUAAGUGUCACUCUCUCUGUCAUCCUGGGACUGGUGGUCUUUCUGACUCCACUUGCCUUCAUUAUCCUGCCUCACCUCUUCUGGUCUGAUAGACUGAGAGCCUGUGGAACAGCCUGUGAAGGUCUCUUUAUAUCCGUGGCAUUUAAACUGUUGAUUUUGUUGUUGGCACUGUGGGCUUUAUUCUUCAGGCCACGCAAGGCUAGCUUGCCAAGAAUCUUCAUCUUUCGAGCCCUACUGGCCACAUUGGUGCUACUGAUUGUGCUUUCCUAUUGGUUGUUCUAUGGAGUAUGCAUCCUGGACUCACAGGAUGAGGACUACCAGGGGAUUGUGCAGUAUGCUGUUUCACUAGUGGAUGCUCUGCUCUUUAUCCACUACCUGGCCAUCGUGCUGCUGGAGCUCAGACAGUUACAGCCUUACUUCUCUCUGUGUGUCACACGCUCCACGGAUGGAGAGACGAAACACUAUAACUUGGGUCAACUCAGCAUCCAGAAGGCAGCUGUGGUUAUAUUAGAGAACUACUACAAAGACUUCGCUGUCCAUAACCCUGCAAUGCUAACAGCUUCCAAGUCCCGCGCCACCAGACACCUGGCAGGCCUCAAAGUCUACAAUGUGGAUGGUCCAGGAGGGAAUAAUGCUGCAGCUGGUAUAGCCCAAUCUCAGUCUCGAGCAAUGAUUGCUGCUGCUGCCCGCCGCAGAGACAGCAGUCAUAACGAGCUCUACUACGAAGAGGCCGAGCAUGAGAGACGUGUCCGCAAACGCAGGGCUAGGCUGGUGGUGGCAGUGGAGGAGGCGUUUACACACAUUCGGCGCAUGCAAGAGGAGGAACAGAAUAAGUCACCUGGUGACGUGAUGGACCCCCGCGAAGCAGCUCAAGCCAUAUUCCCCUCCAUGGCCCGAGCGCUGCAGAAAUAUCUUCGGACCACCAGACAACAGCACCUCCACAGCAUGGAGAGCAUACAGCAGCACUUAGCUGUCUGCAUCACAAACAACAUGACACCCAAGGCAUUUCUGGAGAGUUAUCUGAUCCCAGGCCCUACAUUGCAGUAUGGACAAGACCGCUGGCUUGCUCGGCAGUGGACCCUUAUCAGUGAAGUCUCAGUUACCAGUGGCCUAAAAGAAGGGACCAUUUUUCUGCUCAAAUGCUUUGAAUUUAGCCUAGUGGUUACUACCAAAAAGAUACCUUACAUUCAGCUUGCUGAAGAAUUCAUUGACCCAAAGUCACACAAGUUUGUGCUUCGACUGCAGUCUGAGACUUCAGUUUAGAGAAAUCUCCAUUUUCCGCAAAAACAUAUUUUCUUUUGGGAGGUUUUUUUAGGACUUUAAAAUGUGUGUGUUAUAUAUAUAUAUAUAUAUAUAUAUAUAUAUAUAUAUAUAUAUAUAUAUAUAUAUAUAUAUAUAUA